AUGUUGGUUAAUUGUAUUGGUAAAUAUGGUGUAGUAAUAGUUGGUUUCGGUUCGGUUGAUUGCGCUGGCGGGCAGCGCGGGUGGGCCAGGCGCGGCCGCUGUCGAGUUCAAGUGCAGGGUGAAGGUUUCGCGGCUGGCUGUCCGCCGCUGCCGCUACCGCUACCAAACGACGCGCCGCCCGCCCGCCAAGCCGCACUAUGGAAAACGGGUACUCAAUCACAUUACAAUCCAAAACUAAGCCAGUGGAAUACGAGUUACGUUAGCGUCGUCUUCGGCGACUCCAGUGACUUCGCAUUAAUGAAAGCGCGCGUCAAUAUGCGCGCGCGCAGUCCCGGCGUGACAGAAUGCGCUCGCGGUGCGGCGGCGUCCGUCGUCAGAGCUGCGUGCCAUGCGACGUCGCUGCUUCCUGAGAAAAUGGCAACUUAUGGGGAAUUGAAUCUGGGCCUCGCUGGUGCCAAUGACCCCCACAACAUGUCACACUCGACGCACAUGUGUUGCCAUUCACAUUUAAUAUUUACCCACAUACCUCCCUUUAUAUAG